AUGGCGUCGUUGAGGAUGAUAGACAUAGCCGUCAACUUCACAGAUGGUAUGUUCAAGGGGAUUUACCAUGGCAAGAACUGUCAUGUUCCCGACAUUGAAACCGUCUUGAACCGAGCUUGGUCUGCCGGAGUCGAUAGAAUCAUAGUAACUGGUGGGUCAUUGGAAGAAUCAAGAGAAGCUCUUGCUAUUGCCGAAACUGAUGGCAGGUUGUUCUGUACGGUUGGUGUUCAUCCAACUAGAUGCAAUGAGUUUGAAGAGAGUGGAGACCCAGAGAAGCAUUACCAGGAUCUUUAUUCAUUAGCCAAAGAAGGGAUACAGAAAGGGAAGGUGGUAGCAAUUGGUGAAUGUGGAUUGGAUUACGAUAGGCUUCAAUUCUGUCCGGUUGAUAUACAAAAGAAGUAUUUUGAGAAGCAGUUCGAAUUAGCAGAUGCUACGAAGUUGCCUAUGUUCCUACAUAUGCGAGCAGCUGCUUCAGAUUUCUGUGAUAUAGUUGAAAGAAACCAGAACAGAUUCACCGGAGGAGUUGCCCAUUCGUUUACCGGUAGUGCAUUGGACCGUGAUCAGCUUCUUUCUUUCGACAAAAUGUACAUUGGUGUGAAUGGCUGCUCGUUGAAAACAGCUGAGAAUCUUGAUGUAAUGAAAGGGAUACCGGUAGAGAGGAUGAUGAUAGAAACCGACUCUCCAUACUGUGACAUCAAGAACACACACGCCGGGAUGAAGUUUGUAAAGUCGACUUGGCCUUCCAAGAAGAAGGAGAAGUAUGAUCAAGAAUCCCUUGUCAAAGGCCGUAACGAGCCUUGUUUAGUUCGGCAAGUUCUUGAAGUGGUGGCUGGCUACAAAGGAAUUGGCGAUAUAAAUCAACUUAGCUCAACGUUGUACCACAACACUUGCAGAGUUUUCUUCCCUCAGGACUUGGACUCUGCUGCAGAUGCUCUGCUUUCCGGUCACCACGAAACUAACUAA